UCUUCCAUUUUAUUUCUUCCUCUCUUCGAAAUUAGUUCGAAUCACCCUUUCCCUUUCUCUUUUACUCUCAGUUCUCUCUGGUUUUCUUCUUCCCCACAUCGACUGACGGCCUCCGAAUCUUCGACCGACGACCUCCGGUCUCCGAUCAACGACCUACGAGUUUUCACUUCUUGGUUUCUCGUCUCUCAGUUUUUUCUCUUUCUCUGAGUAAACGCUUUUCUUUUUAUCUCUCACUCUCAUUCUCAGUUCUCAAUCUCUUAUCUCUCUAGUCUUCUUCUUCCCCAAACCGACCGACGGCCUUCGAGUCUUCGACCAACGACCUUCGGAAUCCGACUGACGGCCUCCGAGUUCAUUUUCUCAUCUCUCAGUUCUCUCUCUUCUUCUUUCCCAAUGGGAAAAAUCACAGAUCGACCAAUGACCUCUCUUUUUUUAGUACAUAAAAAAUCGAAAAACCUAACUGCGAUUAACCGAUUGCAUCGGUUCGGACCGUUCGGUUUCAAUUCGUAUACUCAAAAAAUCGAUCAGAUCGGUUCGAUUCACAAAAUAACCUCAACUGAAUCGUCAGCACCCCUACAACUUGAAUACUUGAUGACCGUUGCUCAGGUUUGAGCUCGGAUUGGGUUAGGAUUGAUCCUAACCCGACCUAAUCCGGUCCGGGUAUAGACCGUCUGAUAAUCAUGAAUGAUUCCAUAAGAACGGCUCGAUGGAGAAACAUCUGGAUUUGAUCCCUCAAUUCCUUGCAAAUGAAGUAUUAUGCGGCAUUUUAGCUCUCCGUCUACUCAUCUCCUAUUCUCCUCGCUCUUAUCUGAUUAUCUCCAUCCUAACAUUCUUCUGACCGUGCGAUCAGUUCGGACAAUGAUGAAAUCGACGACCCGGAUUCCAUAUUCUGGGUCGUUUUUGCUGCUUCUGCUCUUCCAGACAGUCUCCCCGCCGGCGCCAUUACCGGCCGAAGCCUUCUCGGUGUGGCAAUGGCGAACCCUAAUCUCACUUUCCCACUCACUGAUGAAUCGAGUGGCCAACCUCCGAGCUUCGAGAGGAGAUUACGAGGGGUCGAUGAGGGCGAGAAGGAUCGCAGAGAAGCUGGAAGGGGGAAUGGGGGUAGGGUUAGGGUUAGGGUUGUGGUCGGUGGGGUGGGACUACCUGAAGAACUACGCCUGGAGAGAGAUGGCAUGGUCGGAGAUGGCGGGUGCGGUUUCGGACAUGAACGAGCUGCUGAAGGGUCUGAAUGAGUUGACUCGGAUGGGAUCGGACAAAGACAGAGCGGCCUGGGUUGCAGCCAACUAUCAGAGUUUGUUUAGGGUUUCGAAAUCCCUCUCUCGCAGGCUCCUCCAGGUGUUCCGUCAGUCGGGUCCAUUUAGGGAGAUGGUGUUGACGGUGCAGAAGGAGAUGGAGGAGGGGAGGUUGCUGAAGGACUGCCUUGAACUGGGAGCCCAAGAUUUGAAAGGGUUGAUUCAGGUUGUUAGGGAUAUGGCGUUACAGUUGUCUUCCGAUUCCGGCCGAAGCGAUCUCUGAUUUCUUGAUAGCUUUUUUUGAGCUUUUUCCUUCUGUAAACGAGAGAAUCAACUUCUCUGACCAUGCCAGAGUAAAGUUUAUCUUCUGUUUUUCUAA